AAUAUGUAUAUAUAUUCUUUCUUCUAUCAGGUCGUUUUAGUAUUUCAUCCACAGCCAUGAACGUAUAGAUGAAAUACAUUGAUUUGCUUUGACUUGUUGUGAGACUCGACUCUAUAAUAUCUCUCUUUUUUCUUUCCCUUUUUCUCUCUCUCUUUCUUCCCUGAAAAGUUUCUCCACCAUCAUCACUUCCUUUUCAUUCUUCUGAUCUGUCCUAUAUGAUCCUGGACUUGUGUAUUUGAGACAACAAGAAGAAGAAGAAGGAGGUGGUUGUUCCAAUGGGGAGAGCUCCUUGCUGUGACAAGGCCAGCGUGAAGAAGGGCCCUUGGUCUCCUGAAGAGGAUGCCAAACUCAAGGACUUCAUAGACAAGUAUGGCACUGGUGGGAACUGGAUUGCUCUGCCUCAGAAAGCAGGAUUGAAUAGAUGUGGGAAGAGUUGCAGACUGAGAUGGCUCAAUUACCUGAGACCAGACAUCAAACAUGGAGAGUUCUCAGAUGAGGAAGAUCGAAUCAUAUGCAGCUUCUUCUCUUCUAUUGGAAGCAGAUGGUCCAUCAUUGCCUCCCAUCUCCCUGGUAGAACUGACAACGAUAUCAAGAAUUACUGGAACACCAAGCUGAAGAAGAAAUUUUUAGGUCUUGUGUCCAUCAACUCCCAUUUGAUCAAACCGCCGCCGCCGCCGCCGCAUCAUCAUCAUCAGCCUUACUUCUCAUCAUCAUCAUCGUCUUCAUCGCGCCAAGAAGUAGCACUCCCUGGAAUAAUCUCUCAUGACAUGAGUGCUCUCAAUUUCGCAUCGACUUCUAUGACCACCAUGACUACUGGUCACCUUCAAGUUCCAUACCAUUAUCAACCUCAUCAGAUGGAAAACAGCAAUUUCAUGAUAAAUUUUGGCAAUUCUGAUCCCAGCUGCAGCUCAUCAGGUGGAAGUUGCACUCCCAUCAGCUAUGGAAGGAGAGAUCUGCAGUUCGAGCAGUAUGAGUUUUGCGAUAGAAGAGGAUUCGAAGGAGAUGAUAGCAUUCUGACAAACAUAGAGAACUAUAAUCUCUACGGCGGUGGUCUUGAAGAUAACAGCAGUUUGCUACUUGGAGGAAGAGGAGGAGAGGCUAAGCCAGAGAAUACUACAAAUUAUGAUGAGGAGAUCAAGCAUUUGCUGAGUUCCAAUUCCGGGUGCAAUAUUUUUGGUAACAACAAUUACUCUCUUGAUUAAUUAGUCAACUCAUAUUGAUUUACAAGAUAAUCUAUGGAAAAUUUAAUUAUUUGCUGUAACAUGUGUAUUUAACUCAGAAUUCAGUCUUUCUUCUCUAUUUUGUUUAUUUUAUUUUUGGUGUGUAAAUUUCUUUUCUUGUCUUUACGUUGCCACAGGCUUCUUUUAAUGCGUAUGUGCAUGCCCUUG